UCUAGCAGUCACUGCAGCUCCAGAUCUCAGGCCAUCAUCGGAUGUAGAAGAGCUCAAAAGUCUUCUAGUUUCAGUAAAGCGGGAGCCAGACAGAGGCUACCUCGCUUUCACUCUCUAUUCUCUUUCUUCUUCUGCUACUUCUUCGACUGUGGCACCAAGAGAAUCAACAAACAACAGAAGCAGAAGCAAUGGGGUCUGUGUCGCUCAAGAUUGGAGAUGGGACGGCCAAGUUCAAGAGAUCGACUAUUUGCUCCUCCGGCCUCAACAUCGUCAUGCUCAUCUCCGUCCUCAUCACCAAUCUCUUCGCUCUGUACGCCUUCACCUCCCCGCCUCUUCACCUGCAGCACCCAACCCUCCAAGAACACAAGAACAUAACUGUCAUCUCCGAGCACGUCUCCCUCAUCCUCAGGGAGAUCGGCGCAGCCCAGAAGAAGCUCUCCCAGAUGCAGAAGGAGCUCAGCGGCUACGAGUCCCUCGAUUUCUGGGCUCCCAACAUCCCCGGAGAGCUCAAGCUCUACCUCCAGCCACAGACCCUCCCCCUCGGCAAGGACUCCAAGAUGGGUAUCACGGAAAUGGUGGCUUCCAUCGGUCACCCUUGCUCCAACUCCCUGGAUUUGCUCGCACGGUACAUGAACUACAAGGUGGGUCAAACCUGCCCCGACGAUUGGGACCUCGCUCAGAAGCUUAUGCUUAGAGGGUGCGAGCCGUUGCCUCGCCGGCGCUGCCUAUCGCGUCCGCCAGCACCGAAGGUGGAGCUCCUCCUCCCCUUCCCUGCUUCUCUGUGGAAGCCCGUCGCCGAUAAGGUCGUUAGUUGGAGUCGCUAUAGGUGCAAGAGCUUCCAGUGCUUGAAUGCGAGGAAGGGCCAGGCUAAGCCGGCAGAUGAUUGCGUUGAUUGCUUCGAUAUUGUUAAAGGGGUCGAGAACCAGAGGUGGAUAAAGGCCAUGGACCGGAACGAUUUCGUUGUCGACGACGUCUUGGCAUUGGGUAAUGGUGGUAUAAGGAUUGGGCUCGAUGUCGGCGGCGGGACGGGGACUUUUGCGGCGAGGAUGGCCGAGAGGAACGUCACUGUCAUUACCUCUACUUUGAAUCUCAAUGCUCCAUUCAACGAGUUUGUCGCCGCGAGGGGUUUGUUUCCCUUGUUCUUGACGUUGGGACAGAGGUUUCCCUUCUUUGAUGGCACAUUCGAUCUGGUGCAUACAAUGCAUUUGCUUAGUGAUUGGAUUCCGGUCGAGUCCAUGGAGUUUCUGAUGUUUGAUAUCGAUAGAGUUUUGAGGGCGGGGGGUCUUCUUUGGUUGGACAAGUUCUUCUGCGCCGAGGAGGAAUUGAAGAAGACUUAUGUUGGUCUGAUCGAGAAAUUCGGGUACAAGAAGCUGAAAUGGGUCGUUGGGCCGAAGGGGGAUGCGUCGGCAACCGGCCGGACAGACGUUUACUUGUCUGCCGUUCUUCAAAAGCCACCGAGAGCAUAAAAGGUUCGGAAUUCUUUUUGUUCUUCUUUUGCUCUGAGGUCCGAAUGAGAAGAAACUGAGUUCAAGGUAUGAUACUCUCUGAAUUGGAUCAACGUCGGUCCCACGAGGAUCCAUGUUACUUCUUUGUCUUCUUCUACCUUCCUUUCUUCCUUUCACUUUCAUAUGUAUGCAUCUGGGAGAUAACUACAACUUUAUGCUCUCUUUGUUGUACUUCAUUCGGAAAGGUCAGUCCUUGUCCGACAAGAAAUGGAAGGAGGGAGGAACGUUUGGCACUAAGAGUUGGUGAAGAGCUGCUCUGUAAUCACCUGCUGUGCUAACACUUUCUGAAAUGUAAAACUGUUGGACCUCUCAGAUGGGUUCCACCUUGAGAUCUUGAGAAGGAAAUCUAAUUCUCUUUCUCGUUUUCUACGUUUCCUAA